AUGGCAUGUCUAACUUCUCCAGCAGAACUGCGCAAUAAGGUCUACGACCUGGUAGCCACCGCCCCCGUGGCUUCCAUCAACCACCGUACAGGCCGCACCGAUGGAAGUUAUGCCGCACUCACCCGGGUCUGCCGCCAGAUACGAUGCGAAUUUCUACCUAUCCAACGGCGGGAAGCCAAAGUCUGCCUCCCACUCGAACAACUUGGUGAAUGGAUCAGGACCGCAACCUCUCACCCCGAUAAGGCACCUAAAUUGAUGCGCCUUGUUCCGGAUUUUGGAAAGUUUUAUUAUAGUGAGAUCCACCAUGUAUACGAUGUUCUUCCACUCCUUCGCCUCAACCACCGCCUCAACUCGUCCACUGUGUUUGAGAUCGCUGGGGCUGCUCAGGGCGACGAGUGGAAGACCCCCCAGAAGCUCUCCCAGACCGACCCGACGCAUUGGGAGUCCUUGGGCAUCGAGAUGCGGUGGAGUAUCUAUCGCCGUGAACGAUCUCGCCGCUGGUUCGCAACGGCGGUGACGGCCAUGGAAAAGCUCCUGCACCAUUCCGACCCCGCCUGGGUCGCUUUGGUGAAGUCUCGAUAUGUCACGAGAGCGGACUUCAACAUGGACAUUGGGCUCCUCACGGUCACGAUGAGUGAUGAGAUUCUGCAUGAGGACGAUCACCCUGAUUGGAGGAGUACCUUGGAUCCGACUGCUGGUGGUAUGGAGGAUAUGUUAAGUUGCAUACACGUCUAUUUCCUCCGUGCCAAUGGUGAGCGGUCGUUGGAGGCAAUCUGGCGCACCAGUUCGGUCGGUGGUAGCCCCUGGAGUGUUGUCUGGUCUUAA